GUUUUUAUAGAAGGGUCGUUGACUGGUUAAACAAUCUCUCAUUUCAGGCUGGGGCAUCCAUGCUGCUCUUAUGUCACUAAUGCUCGGGUUUGCACCGCGCUCGCUCCCAGCACGGCUGGCUUGUCGCCUCCAUACAGACCGGCGCAUUCCUUCCAUCACUAGAAGGUCGGUCGCAAACACAGCUUCCUGUGCUCGCCCCAUAGCCUAUACUUGGCUCACGCACACCCCGGGUGCAAUUACCUCAGUCGAAAUUCUCGCAAGUACGCCUCCUAUCGCCGAAUCUCUACCACGAUCCGAUUAUAUUCCUAUCUUCCUCGUCACUACCGCCUUCGCAUCAUGGAUCGACUUGUCGUCCCACACAUUCCCGGAACAAUGGAUGAAUCAAUUCUAUACCGGUUCUACCGAUCCGGUGCAUUCCAUAUUUGCGAUUGUCGAUAAGCUUCCGGAUACCCGACCCCAAGCAUCGGAGGCUAGUGGAUUCCCCGGCGCCCCGGAGGCAGACGGAAUAUCGGUACUAUUGGUAAAUCGGGACAAUGUACUAGGCCAGAUUGCUGCGGCUCGUCGAGUACGGAGCACAGAAGCCACAGAAUCCGUCCUGGUGUUUUCAAUUCCGACAAGCGAUACCCAAGCGCCGGAUAAAGCAUCCCGAAGGUCACUCCAUGAAGUAGGCCUGCGACUUGCAAACACGAUUUUUAUCAAUGGGAAAGAGAACACUCUUUUUGGAGCGCGUUGGGAAUACAAUACUACGGCAAAGAAGUAUACUCUGGACAAUACGCUAGACCUCUCGAACUGCAUAGUCACCUCACCAGCAACAAGUCUUAGCGAUGACUUCCAGCUUCCAUUAUAUCCUGUUGGGCAUCGAAGAAGGGUUAUCUCCAGCAUGGGGAACAUUCUCCGUCAGCUAUCCAAACAUACAGACAACCAUUCGACGGAUCCGAUGCCAGCUUCUUUCGAGUUAGAGAAGGAUCUCCCCCGCUACAUCACGGAACACAACAUUACUGAUCAACGGGUCUCUGUCUGGGCUCUAAUUGAGACAACUGAGGAGGGCUAUACAGCAGGAACGAAUGCUUCUCGAGAAAGCCUCAUCGAGGCGAUUCGUAAGGGCGGCAAACUCCACCGCGUGAUGAGUGGUGGGGGUGGAUGGGGCAAGAAACAGGGCCUACUAUCUCUCGACCCUGAGAUAACCUUUAUGGAAAGAACUAAGAAAGAUAGGCUUUUAGGCCUCGAGGCACUCUUCACUACGGGCGAUUCGAAUCUCUUGUCAGAUGCGCCGCCGCCGCCGCCGCCGCCGCCGUUCGAGAUGCGCGGAUUUGGGGAGGAUUUGUCCACUCUUUCGCAGGCUGCGGGGCCUGGCGACUACGUGCAAUUCUUCGUCUCCGUAGAGCCUAGUCAGUCGGGCUGGCCUGCGUCUGGAACAGGAGCCAAUACUUUCCACUUCGGCGUAGUCUCGGAUGCCGAGACUGUUCCUUCACAAGAAGGGUCUGACGGGCAGAAAGACCUUGGAGUAGUUCCUGGCCAAUUCGGUGGACUGUCGGAAAAAGCUAUAACCUACAUGCAGCCUUUGGCUGGAACCGGGCCUGAGGAAGGCCAGCAAUCGAGUUCUAAGUUCGACAUCCCUGGUUGUCGGGUGGCAUUAGAGCUAGACUGA